GAUAGGAGUAGCCAUGAAUUUUAUGUGCUGAAAUAGAUCUGAUGUGAUAGGCACAGAUGUAAGGUCACGCUCCAAUGACGUCUAUCUAGGUGGCUAGGGAGUUCCUUAUCACAAAAAGGAGUUGAUCGAAGAUGUUGACUAAAGAAAGAGAUGGAGAGAAUUUAUUGCAUUGAUACGUAGCAUUAUCCUGUCCUGUGCCAUCUCUUCGCACUUUUUCUUUUUCCUUCUGCUCGUGUCGCUCUGCUUUGCUUUGUAAGGUUAAUCAAUAAUUAUGCUCAAGGUCAAGGGAAUCGGAUUGAACGCACCCGUCAUAGCUUAAAUCCGUACCUAUCUACCAAAUAAUUAUAAGUUAGUUCCAUUGUGGUCGGUCCCGUACUGUAAACUCGUACCCCAUCAGACAAAAAUCCGUCCAAAACCUCUGCCACUUCCAUCAUUUAUUCGGUCAUUGUGCUACAGAACGAAUGAACUGUUCUUCCAUACGCCCAUAUCUCUAGUUCUGAAAACCUCUAUCGUCUAUCGAAGGAGGGAUUCAGUACACAAAGUACCACUACCACAUAUCGGUCAUGGUCGUUAGCUCAUCGCAGAGCAUCCUCAAGACAGGCUCCUUCUCUGGCUUUCGCGCAUUGCAGGAGCAGCUUGGUAGUGGAUAUCUCGCCGCAGACACAUCGAGAUCGCAACCGUUAUGCGGUAACAAGGAGGGAUGGGGUCCAUUGAGUCCUCAUCGCUAUGACUUCACACCGUGUUUUAUGGAUGUUUGGGUGAGCUCUGUCGCGGCCUUUGGAAUCCUAGGAGGUGCUAUCGCUAUAUGGUGGCUCGUAAGAAGGAAGACUACGGCAGAAGUAAAGAAAAACUGGCAUUUUUGGCUCAAGCAGGCCGUUAUAAUAGGAAUCGCAACCUCAGUCGCAGUACAACUCGUUAUACAGAUACUUAACUACCCUGAUGUGUGGGCGGGCGAUUUUAGAUUCUGGACCAGUCUUCUACAGAUCGCAUCCCUUGGUGUCAUUUUUACCAUUCAAUGGCUCGAACAUACCCGGCUACGCAAUCCAAACGGCGUUGUACUCUUUUACUGGCUCCUUCUCAACAUCGCAUACGCAGUCAAGCUCCGAUCGUUGAUAUCCCAACAAAUCUACCACGAGCACCUUCCAUACUUCAUCGCAUACUGUGUUGGAUUUGGGUUAUCGUUGAUUGAAUUUGGCUUGGAGUGGCUUGUGCCAAAGAAGCAGAGCGUAUAUUCGGCAUUGGAAGAUGAAGAUGAAUGUCCUGUCGAAUAUGCCACUGUAUUUUCGAUCCUCACAUUUGGUUGGAUGACUCCAAUGAUGAAACAGGGUUAUAAGAAAUACUUGACAGAGGAUGAUCUAUGGAAUUUGGCAAAAAGGGAUACCACCAAGUCAUGUAGCGAGACAUUUCAGGAGGCCUGGGAUUAUGAAAUCGAACACAAAAAAGCCCCAUCUCUUUGGAUGGCUAUCUUCAGAUCUUUCAGUGGGCCAUAUUUCCGUGGCGCUCUUUUCAAGACUGUCAGCGAUUCGCUCGCCUUCAUACAACCGCAACUUUUGAAGCUAUUGAUCAAAUGGGUCAAGUCACGUACGACCGAUGAACCACAGCCUGUAAUUCGAGGAGCAGCUAUCGCUUUGGGCAUGUUUUCUGUUUCUGUAGGACAAACCAUGGCUUUGCAUCAAUACUUCCAGAGAGCCUUUGAAACUGGUAUGCGUAUUAAGACCGCCUUGACAGCAGCAAUUUACGGGAAAUCACUUAAGCUAUCGAACGAAGGACGAGCUAGCAAGUCUACUGGAGAUAUUGUCAACUACAUGGCUGUUGACACCCAAAGACUUCAAGAUCUUACUCAAUACGGUCAACAAUUAUGGUCAGCUCCAUAUCAAAUAAUUCUCUGCAUGGUAUCUUUAUAUCAGUUAGUCGGGUUAUCAAUGUUAGCUGGUGUCGCUGCUAUGCUUCUAAUGAUUCCAAUCAAUGGCCUCAUCGCUCGCCUAAUGAAAAAGUUACAACAGGAGCAAAUGAAGAAUAAGGAUUCUCGAACAAGAUUGAUCGCGGAAAUUAUCAACAAUAUGAAGAGUAUUAAGCUCUAUGCCUGGAGCUCUGCUUUCAUGGCCAAGUUAAACUUUGUCAGAAAUGACCAGGAACUUAAAACUCUACGAAAGAUUGGUGCUGCCCAAUCAGUUGCCAAUUUUACCUGGUCUACCACACCAUUUUUGGUGUCUUGUUCGACAUUCGCUGUUUUUGUGUUGACUACCAACAGUCCACUAACCACUGAUAUUGUGUUCCCUACUUUAACUUUGCUUAAUUUAUUAACAUUCCCGUUGGCAAUUCUUCCUAUGGUCAUUACCUCCAUCAUUGAAGCUUCCGUUGCUGUCAAGCGUUUGACAUCAUUCUUCACAGCCGAAGAGUUACAACCUGACGCGGUAAUUUUGAAGGGUCCUAUUGAGGAGGACGGUGAAGAGUCUUUGACUAUCAGAGAUGCUACCUUUACUUGGGACAGAAACUCUGACCGCAAUGUCCUGCAAGAUAUUCAUUUCUCUGCACAUAAGGGAGAACUUACUUGUAUCGUUGGUCGAGUCGGAGCAGGAAAGUCGUCUUUCUUACAAGCACUUCUUGGUGAUCUUUGGAAAGUUAAAGGCCAGGUAAUCGUUCACGGAAAAACAGCUUAUGUAGCGCAACAACCAUGGGUUAUGAAUGCUAGCGUCAAGGAAAACAUCCUAUUCGGUCACCGUUUUGAUCCUACCUUUUAUGAUAAAACUGUCAAGGCCUGCGCACUUUCGGAGGAUUUUGCUCAAUUGCCAGAUGGUGAUGAAACUGAGGUCGGAGAGCGUGGUAUUUCCUUGAGUGGAGGUCAAAAAGCACGAUUGACUUUGGCAAGGGCAGUCUACGCUAGAGCUGAUGUGUAUCUAUUAGACGAUUGUUUAUCUGCUGUUGAUCAACAUGUUGGCAGACACUUAAUCGAUAAUGUCUUUGGUUCAACCGGAUUACUCAGUGGAAAGACUAGAGUCCUUGCCACAAACUCUAUUCCCGUUCUCAAAGAGGCGAACCUCAUCUGCUUGAUUCGAGAUACUAAAAUUAUCGAACGCGGUACAUAUGAUCAGGCCAUUGCUAGAAGAGGAGAGAUUGCAAAUCUGAUUAACACAUCCGAAAACAAGGAUGUGUCCACAGAUUCUGAAACCACCGAAACUAGCGAUUCUUCAACAAUACUUGACUUUGAGCAGCCAGGAGAAGAGGAAGAAAAGGACGAAGCUGAAGAAGCCCAAGAACAUUUGACACAACUUCAACCCAUUAGACCUGGGGGAUCAGGUGUUAAGAAGAGGAAGGGUAGCUCUAAUACGUUGAGACGUGCCAGUACAGCAACUUUCAGGGGUCCAAGAGGCAAACUACGUGAUGAAGAAGAUGGUUCGAAAUCUAAGCAAGGCAAAGAACAUUCUGAACAAGGAAAAGUGAAAUGGGAUGUGUAUGCUGAAUAUGCUAAGACUAGUAAUCUUGCUGCCGUCUUGAUCUAUUUGACUAUGUUGGUUGGCGCACAAACGGCACAGAUCAGUGGCAGUGUAUGGCUUAAAAGCUGGGCCGAGGCCAAUGACAAACUUGGCAUCAACCGAGAUGUCGGCAAGUACAUUGGUGUAUACUUUGCCUUUGGUAUUGGAUCUGCCGCUCUCGUGGUUGUCCAAACCUUGAUCUUGUGGAUAUUCUGUUCUAUCGAGGCAUCUAGGAAACUUCAUGAGCGUAUGGCAUUUGCCAUUUUCCGAUCUCCAAUGUCCUUCUUCGAAACUACUCCCGCAGGUCGUAUUCUCAAUCGCUUUUCGAGUGAUGUUUAUCGGAUAGAUGAGGUACUUGCGAGGACUUUUAACAUGCUAUUCGUCAACACAGCUCGGGCAUUGUUUACCCUAGUCGUCAUUUCUGUAGCAAGCCCACCUUUUAUUGCCUUCAUCUUCCCGCUGGCAGGCGUGUAUUACUGGGUGCAGCGUUAUUAUCUCCGCACUUCCCGUGAGUUGAAGCGCUUGGAUAGUGUCAGCCGAAGUCCAAUUUACGCCCAUUUCCAGGAAUCUCUUGGAGGAAUCGGCACCAUCCGAGCUUAUCGUCAACAAAAACGAUUCACACAAGAAAAUGAAUGGAGAGUUGACGCUAAUUUGAGAGCUUACUUUCCAUCUAUCAAUAGCAAUCGAUGGCUUGCUGUAAGACUCGAAUUCCUCGGAUCGAUUAUCAUCUUAGCCGCCGCCGGAUUGUCUAUCGCGACUGUGGCUGCUGGACGUCCCCUAUCUUCCGGUUUUGUCGGACUGGCAAUGUCAUAUGCUCUUCAAAUCACACAAUCUUUAAAUUGGAUUGUUCGUCAAACGGUUGAAGUGGAAACAAAUAUCGUAUCUGUCGAACGUGUCCUCGAGUAUGCUAGAUUACCAAGUGAAGCUCCAGAAGUGAUUCACAGACAUCGACCACCAAUCAGUUGGCCUGCAUCGGGCGGAGUGAACUUCAAUAAUUACAGCACACGAUACCGUGAAGGCUUGGACCUCGUGCUCAAAAAUGUCAACCUUGACAUCAAGCCACACGAGAAGAUUGGAGUAGUAGGUCGGACAGGUGCAGGAAAAUCUAGUUUGACAUUAGCCCUAUUUCGGAUCAUCGAGCCGAGUGAGGGUAAUAUCAGCAUUGAUACAUUGAAUACGUCAACAAUAGGGCUACUAGAUCUAAGACGUCGACUAGCAAUCAUCCCACAAGAUGCGGCUCUGUUCGAGGGUACAGUACGCGAUAACCUUGAUCCAGGUCAUGUACAUGAUGAUACAGAGUUGUGGAGCGUACUAGAACAUGCAAGGUUAAAAGAUCACGUCUCGACUAUGAGUGGUGGAUUGGAAGCUAAAAUUCAAGAAGGGUUCGUGAUACCAUCUCCUUAUCUUAAGCUGAACCCUUUUCCGCGGUCACCCUCCUAUUUCCAUGAUUUUUCCUUUCGUCCUUUUUGCCAAACCUUUCACCACGUCACUGCCCAACGUCACAAACAUUAAACAUCACAUGCCAUUCUUUUGCGUUAUCCUCCAGUUUUGAUUUGCGAUUUCUUAUUCCAUCGUUUAAUCUCUCGCUCAAAGAUCCCGUUUUUUCCGUACUUUUCUUUCCUCUUCUCCUAAUAUCAAUGAAACUGUUACCACAUUUAUCACAACACCAUUUGCAACACAACCCUAAUCUGAAUUCCCAACAUAAAAAUCACACAAUUUCAUUCAGCCUGGUUUUCUAAGGACAGAGAUAAGCUAACCACAUCUUUUACCGGAUAUAGCGGAUCCAAUCUUUCUCAAGGCCAACGACAACUUGUCUCUCUUGCACGAGCACUCCUUGCUCCUUCUAAUAUUCUAGUAUUAGAUGAAGCCACCGCGGCGGUAGAUGUGGAAACGGAUGCACUAUUGCAGACAACAUUACGAUCUCCACUUUUCGCAAAGAGAACAAUCAUUACGAUUGCGCAUCGCAUUAAUACAAUUUUGGAUAGUGAUAGAAUUGUAGUGUUGGAGCAGGGACAGGUUAAGGAAUUUGAUAGCCCUAAAAACCUUAUGGAGAAGAGGGGUCUCUUUUGGAAGUUGGUCAGAGAAGCGGGACUGGAGGGGAGUGUGAGAUAAAUUAGGAGUAAGUGAGAGAAUUUGUGGCCGAGUAAAUAAUUAAGGGAGAAGUGAUGGGUUGAAAGAAGUCGGGAAAAAACUUAGGUCACCUCUUUUCAAAAGAUUAGUCGAAGAUUGAAAUUGCACUAUUGUUUUGCACAUGGCUUAGGUACAUUUCUUUGUCCUGUCUCGCAUAUUGGGUUUUAAGGAUGGAAAGGAAAAUUUUUAUAUGGUAAAAUUGUAAAAUGAAGAGUUGAGAUGCAAGGGAAAAUAUUGGAGGGUGUUGACUGAGUGAAUGCUUGUGGAUAAAGGAGAGGGGAAUCGUGUAUUGAAAAUUUUGAAUAUUAUGAAACAUUUUGGAUGGGUUUUAUCAUGAUGCAUUCCCGGCUGGUGGUGAUAUAUGUGUAAACCUAAGAUGUGGCUGUAAGAUCUGAAUAUACGUACAUGUGUAUCAGGGUGUGAUCUCCCUUGAGCUGAUGGUGAUGGUGAUGGUGAUGAUGAUGAUGAAUUUCCAAAGGCA